AUGCCACGACUAAUACUAUUGAUGAUCUGGAUAUACUGGUACAAUGGAAACAUAACUACUAUAACGAGAAUAGAGCCGAAGGGUGUCUGUGCUAUAAUAAUCCCCUGGAAUUCACCGGUCAUUAUGUUGGCUAAGACUAUGGGUCCGGCACUGGCGGCCGGCAAUACAGUUAUCGUAAAGCCAGCGGAACAGACAUCUCUCAGCGCUCUAUAUAUCGCAAGUUUGGUCAAAGAGGCAGAGUUUCCGUCGGGAGUCUUCAAUGUUGUUUGCGGUUAUGGAGCCAUCACUGGUUCAGCCCUAUCAGAGCACAUGGAUGUCGACAAAAUCACAUUCACAGGCUCUACAGCUGUCGGUAAACUCAUACAACAGGCGUCGGGAAAAUCAAACCUAAAGAGCGUAACCCUAGAGUUGGGCGGAAAGAGUCCAUUAGUGGUGUUCAACGACGCGGACGUCGAUGAAGCCGUCCAUUUGGCGCACUUCGCGGUGUAUGUAUGCAAUGGACAGGUAUGUUGUGCGGGCAGUCGUACGUUCGUUCAGGAGGGCAUAUACGACGAGUUCGUGAAGAAGAGCGCUGAAGUAGCGGCCGCUCGAGUGGUGGGCGACCCCUUCAACACGAAGACAGUUCAGGGCCCGCAAGUGAAUGCCCAACAACUCAACAAAAUACUUGAACUCAUCGAAAGUGGGGUCAAAGAGGGCGCCAAACUGGAAACUGGAGGCAAACGGAUCGGUAAUAGAGGUUAUUAUGUGGAGCCGACCGUCUUCUCUAACGUGAGGGACGACAUGCGUAUCGCUCGCGAAGAGAUCUUCGGACCCGUCCAACAGAUCAUUAAAUUCAAGACAAUGGAUGAAGUGAUUCGACGCUCUAAUGACACGAUCUAUGGAUUGGGUUCAGGAAUAGUAACCAAAAGUCUGGAUAAUGUGUUCACAUAUUCUCAAGCCGUCAAAGCGGGCACUGUUUGGGUGAACUGCUAUUUCGUGGUCACUCCUCAGACACCUUUAGGUGGAUAUAAGAUGUCGGGCUUUGGCCGAGAGUUCGGUGAAAAUGCUUUAUAUGAAUACACAGAGGAGAAGACUAUCACUAUAAGACUGGUUAACAAGAAUUCAUAA